UGGACGUGGAGGAGGAGGAGGAGGAGGAGGAACAAUAGCCAUCAUUUCCAAUAAAAUUAGAGCAACAAUCCUACACCAUGUUCUUGUUCAUGGAAUGAGUAUGAGGGAAGCAGGACUACAUGUUCAACCAAAUAUAAGCAGGUUCUCUGUGGCCUCCAUUGUCAGGACAUUCAGAGAACACAACCGAAUUGAAAGACUGCCACAUGCCGGUGGAAGGAGAGGUAUAUUCUCACAACAGCAGGAGACCAUUAUUGUCAAUAUGGUCCUUCAAAAUAAUCUCAUUCGUCUGCGAGAAAUACAACAGCGAGUUGAGGAAGACAACGAGAACUUUGAAGGAAUCAACAGUGUGAGUCUCUCCACAAUUGACCGUGUCCUGAAACGCAACCUGAUAAGUCUCAAACAAGCCUACAGAGUACCAUUUGAGAGAAAUUCUGAGAGGGUAAAAGAGCUACGAUAUCAAUAUGUACAAGAAGCAUUAUUGAGACGUGAGGAGAGGGGUGAUGAGCAGGCAGAGAAUCCCGUGUACCUGGUAAUCUGGGACAAUGUGAACUUUCACCGUGGUCCUAGAAUACGUGAGUGGUUUGAAAAUAACCCACGUUUCAUAAAUGUGUGCCUCCCACCAUACUCGCCCUCCCUUAAUCCCAUUGAAGAUUUUUUUUCUGCAUGGAAGUGGAAGGUCUAUGACAGAACACCUUAUGCCUAGGAAAAACUCCUUUAGUCAAUGGAUGCAGCAUAUGACAACAUUGGAGUGGAAUCGAUUCAAGGUUGGAUUCGUCAUGCUAAAGGAUUCUUUCCCCGUUGUUUAGCAAGGGACAGGAUUGCCUGUGACAUUGAUGUGGUCCUGUGGCCUGACCAUGCCCAGAAGCAUGAUGCUGAGGCAGAAUGAUUCCAAGACAUUGCUAUCAAUCUGCUGCAUAUUUUGUUUGUGACUAUAUUUGUGUGCAGGAUUGUGCAAGUACUUCAUAAUAAAUCUAUUUUUCCCCCU